CCUUACUCUCAAAGAAAAAGGGGCCGAGCUGUGUUUGUCAGGGCACCGUCGGUGUUACGCGACGUUUCAGGGCCUGAUGGCUGCCCUGGCCCCCUCCCAGGUCAGACUGAGAGAGCAGUCUUAGACACGGCAAACCCUGCUGGGUGAUCGCUGGCUCAAAGAUGAGGCGAGGCUGAGGGAGUUGUACAGUCACGGGGCUGUGACGCAUCAAGAGUUGAUGGGCGAGUUUACACGGCUCUCAACAAAAAGGGUAAGUGGUCCCUGUGCCGCCUCUGAAUGUCCGUCGCCAUGGCCAAGCGUGAGACCGGCAGCGCCAGCCCCGUGGUCAGGCAGAUCGACAAGCAGUUCCUGGUCUGCAGCAUCUGUUUGGACCAUUAUCACAACCCCAAGGUCCUGCCCUGUCUGCACACCUUCUGCGAGAAAUGUCUACAGAACUACAUCCCUCCCCAGUCGUUGACGCUGUCCUGCCCGGUAUGCAGACAGACCUCGAUCUUACCAGAGAAGGGCGUGGCAGCCCUGCAGAACAACUUCUUCAUCACGAACCUAAUGGAGGUGUUGCAGCGAGACCCCGAGUGCAGCCGACCUGAGGCCUGCAGUGUUCUCGAGUCAGCCAGUGCAGCGACAGCCUGUCAGCCGCUCUCCUGCCCCAACCACGAGGGCAAGGUGAUGGAGUUUUACUGCGAGUCAUGCGAAACGGCCAUGUGUCUGGAGUGUACGGAGGGAGAACACAGGGAACAUGUGACAGUUCCCCUGAGGGACGUACUGGAGCAGCACAAGUCCGCACUUAAAAAUCAGCUGGACACUGUGCGCAACAGAUUACCUCAGUUGACAGCUGCCAUUGAGCUUGUGAAUGAAAUAUCCAAGCAGCUCUCGGAGCGGAAAAAUGGCGCCGUGACUGAAAUCAGUAACACUUUCGACGAGCUGGAGAAGGCCUUGCACCAACGCAAGACCGCUCUCAUCACUGAGGUGGAAAGCAUCUGCAGCACUAAGCAGAAGGUGCUCCAAGUGCAGCUGACGUCUCUGCUUCAGGGCAAAGAAAACAUCCAAAGCAGCUGCAACUUCACAGAGCAGGCCCUGAGCCACGGCAGCGCCACCGAGGUGCUGUUGGUCCAGAAGCAAAUGGGCGAGCGGGUCAGCGCCCUGGCGCGACACACCUUCCCGGAAAAUCCGCACGAAAAUGGACACCUGGGAUGCCAGGUCGAGACGGACGGACUGAGGCGCUCCAUCCAGAACCUGGGAGUGCUCAUCACAACAGGGGCGGUGGGCCACACCAGCGUGGCCACCGGUGAAGGCCUGCGACACGCGCUGGUCGGCCAGCACACCACCGUCACAGUCACGACUAAAGAUAAGGAUGGGGAGCUGGUGAAGACUGGCAAUGCCGCUCUGAGGGCAGAGAUCAUCUCUGCGGACGGAGCGUGCACUGAAGCUGAGGUGGCGGACAACAAAAAUGGCACCUAUGAGGUUGGAUAUACCAUCCGCUCAGAGGGAGAGUACAGCUUCUCUCUGCUGCUGUAUGAGCAGCCCGUGAGGGGGAGUCCGUAUCGUCUGCGCGCCGUCAAACCGUCCGAUGUCCUGCAGUCUCCAGAUGACGUGAAGAGGAGAGUGAAGUCUCCGAGUGGAGGAGGAGGCCACGUUCGACAGAAGGCUGUGCGCAGGCCCUCCAGCAUGUACAGCACCACAAAGAAAAAGGAAAACCCAAUAGAGGAUGAGCUGAUCUACAGAGUGGGAACAAGAGGGAGAGACAAAGGAGAAUUCACCAACUUACAAGGCAUCUCCACCUCCAGUAACGGUCGGAUUGUGGUGGCAGACAGCAACAACCAGUGCAUACAGGUCUUCUCCAAUGACGGCCUGUUUAAAAUGAGGUUCGGCGUCAGAGGCCGCUCUCCGGGGCAGCUGCAGCGCCCCACGGGGGUCACGGUGGACAUGAACGGUGACAUCAUCGUGGCUGACUACGACAACAGGUGGAUCAGCAUCUUCUCCUCGGACGGCAAGUUCAAGAACAAAAUUGGCGCUGGGAGACUGAUGGGCCCAAAAGGCGUGGCCGUGGACAAGAACGGACACAUCAUCACCGUUGAUAAUAAGGCCUGCUGCGUCUUCAUCUUCCAGUCAAACGGGAAGCUGGUGACGAAGUUCGGAGCCAGGGGAACAUCAGACAGACACUUUGCAGAAAAAAGUGGUGCAAACAUUGCACUGGAACAAAAGCUUAGUAAAUCUGGCCCUGUGUUCAGUCCUCACUUCGUGGCUGUGAAUAACAAGAAUGAAAUUGUGGUAACGGAUUUCCACAACCAUUCAGUCAAGGUGUACAAUGCCGAUGGAGAGUUCCUGUAUAAAUUUGGCUCCCACGGAGAGGGCAACGGACAGUUCAACGCUCCGACGGGCGUGGCUGUGGACGCCAAUGGAAAUAUUAUCGUUGCAGAUUGGGGCAACAGUCGGAUCCAGGUGUUCGACAGCUCAGGGUCCUUCCUGUCCUACAUCAACACAACAGCGGACCCCCUGUACGGCCCCCAGGGCCUGGCCCUCACGUCCGAUGGUCACGUGGCAGUGGCAGACUCUGGGAACCACUGCUUCAAAGUCUACCGCUACCUGCAGUAGAGGCCGGAGACGGCCAUCUUCACCACCGCAAGCACUGACAACGACACAGCCAAUGUAUUCCACAGGGUGCAAUGACCUUUCCACCGCAGCCUUCCGACGUGCACAUCAGACGACCCCCCCCGGAUAUAAUUAAGUGUCUGAACCCCGGGGUUUCCUAUUUAUGAUGUGUAUUCAAGGUCGAUAUUAAAAUUGGGCGAUGUAGCGUCAUUGGGACAAAUAAUGGACACGGAGCUGUGGACUGGUUUUAGAGAACGUGCAAAAGCAUUUGUUUGCGUGUUGUUGCUCCACACUUUCUGAGACCGGACAGGGUAGGAGAUAGAUUGACGUAUUUAAUGAGCCAUAACUUGUCCACGUGCAUGACGUUUUAUUUUAUCUCAAUGCCUAGGCAACAGCACAGUGUACCCAUCAGUUGCUUUCCUCAUGAACUAGUUAAUGCUUACAGUGAAAUGAAUAGCGCUUCGCAUCUUUAGCAAUGAAAUGUAAACAAUUCUCAUCUAGGGACAUCUCACAAGACAUAAUCACACCACCAUCUGUGCAUUGAUUUGCUGUAUGUACUGUAUAUACAUAAAUGUAUAUUGUGUAUAUUAGAUCACUCGGUGUGUGCUAUGAUUUUGAAACACAGCCUUUUGGCUUCUCAGAAAGCAGCAGUCAAGGACUCCAGGAUUUUAAACGUCUGUAUGGCAGCUUAUAUAAAAAAAAUCGUGCUUUUUAAACAUACCCAGCACAUGCUAAAAAUAAGAAAUGUGUCAUAUUUAUUGCUAAUGUAAGCAGCACAACAGUCGUUUUUCUUAAUAUCUGUUAUUUUAAAGGGAAAAAAAGGAAAAAAAAGCUAAUUUAUUUUAUUUUAUACGCUAGUUCAGCAUUUACAAAUUAUUUUUCUAAACUGAUGUGCUUUUUUUGUUUUUCUUUAUCCACACUUCAUCCCUCUGCCUUUAGGGGAAACUCCGCCGUAAGCAGAAUUCAGAAUCCCCCACACAUCUGGAAAAUUUAGAUCAGUGUUUGUGCACACAUGAGCAGCUCUUUUCCAAAGCUACAGACCCAUUUUCAGUCGGGAUGUCAUCAAAAAAGGAACGUUUUCUAAGUUUCUGUGUUGAGGAUGAAUGGCUAAAGAUGUGAAAACGGGUCCAUGAUUAUAUGCCUUUAACAACUAAAGAGCUUUAUUGAUUGAAGUUUGACCAGAUCCAAACCGGAAUCAAAAAUAAAUAACUUGUAUCUCAGGAUAUCCAUCCAAAUUAGAUCAGAUUUGUGCAGAUAAUCAGGCUACACAAUCAUAAAUGUAUUGGGUGGAAUGUGAAUUCUGAUUUACCACUUUUUUUCCACAUGAAUGGAUAACUCAUAAGUUGACAUUUGCCAGCAAACUCAUCCAGGGUUCGCUUUAGACGACACUUAUACGCCUACUGUAUGUUGUUCUCUGUUAGAUCAGAGUUUCUGCCUGCACCACAUCAAGCCAAGACUCCCGUAGAAAGAGAAAAAAACUGCACCACUCAGAGGUGUUGCUGCUCUUGCUCCCCCAGUGUUCAUUCUAUGAAAUGCCCUAAGAAAGCCUGGUGCCAGAGCAGAAGAGAGGCCAUCCGGUGCAGGAAAAGGGAGACUUCCUGGUCUGAUGGAAACACCAACAGCACCACAGGAUAUGACCAGGGAAGUCAACAAGGAAGCUGCUCUUUUAAAUGCACCUGACCUGUUGUUUAACUUGUUGCCAAACAGGAGCCGGGACUUCUUCGUCGAGUCAAUGGCCCCCCGGAGUUUACGAGAUGUGUCUGAAGCCUUUUAAACUACGCUCUAUGUGUCACUCCAAUACAAACAAUUUUGUUUUCUCUAUGAAUAUGCACUGGUAAUAAAAGCACAUGGUUUACUGA